UCCGACCAGUGGGUGGCGCUGUAACAUUAUCUGAAAACUGCCGUUAAAGAAAAGCAGAAGAAGAAGAAGUUGCGGGAAAACCGAAGCAGACAAUUCCUGUGUUGAUAACUCCAAACUGUAAGAAAACAAGCUUAUAAAAAUCACCAUGGAAUCCCCAAUGGCCACUGAGGUAAAAAGGGGGAUUUCAGUCCUUUGGGCGACUCUGCAGUGUCCCAUAUGCCUGGAUUUAAUGACUGCACCUGUGUCUACUAAGUGUGACCAUCAGUUUUGCAAAUUUUGUAUGAUGAAACUUUUGGACAACACCAAACAAAACAGGGCUAACUGUCCAGUGUGUAAAACCAAGAUAACCAAAAGGAGUUUGCAGGAGAGCCCUGGCUUUCAGAAACUUGUAUCAGGAUUGCAGGACAUGAUUCAGGCAUAUGAACAUGACACUGGCACCAACUACUUCACUGGAAUGUCCCAGCUAAAAGGUCAAUUGGGAGUCACAGAUUCUGAAGCUACUAAACAUUGUCAUGAUAUGUCAUUUGGAGAUGCACCUGACAAUGAGGAAAAUGUCGACAAUGAUGAUAUUUCAAGGUCUCACUCUUCAACUAUAGCAGCCCAGAAUGGAUUUGCAAGACUGAUGGGACUUGAAGACACAAGUCCUUUAACAACAGAAAAUGAAGGCCUGGACAGUGGCCUUGGGGAGGCCCCACUAAUGUCUGACAAGAAAAUACACAGCCCUACAGAUAAUUUGGAAUCAGUCGAAACAGAAAUGUCAGAAAUUGUGGAGAAGGCAACAUCAUCACUCAAAACUAGAGGCAAAAUAAGAUUUCCAUCAUUAAUUCCUGACGAGACGGAACACCAACCUUUAAGAAAGUCCUCAAGGAAGAAGCAGACAAAGGAUUUGGAUCCUGACAAGAUUUUUGAGGAGAGAAAGAAGAAAAGUCUAGAGAAAGUCGCCGAGUGGCUCAUGAAAGUUCCAACUGAAGGAAGUCUCGAGUUAGAGAAACCCAACGAAGACACCGAUGACUCUGACAGCUGUUCUUCCUCUUCAACAAUAGAUGUAAAGCAACAUAACAGUGUUGUGAAUCCUACGAGACAGGAUCGCGCUAAAGCCCUGGAGGAGCAGGUGUUUGGUGCCGUGUACAAACGAGGGAGAAGAGGAAACGGGACCAGGUCUCUUCCACUUAAUGUUUUUGUAGAACCACCAACUACUGAAGAAACACAAAUGGUCCCAAAUAUUAGGAAGAGUAAAACUAUGACUCCUUCUGAUUUCAAGAAAACAAGCUCUGGAGAUGAACAUGAAAGCGAUAUAGAGGGAAAGCAACAAAGGACAGAAGUAGUAAAUGACACCAGCAGUGACAUUUUUAAAGAAGCAGAAAAGAUGGAAGUCGUGGUUGAAAAAGAUACAGACAACUAUGGGGAAGAGUUGAAUAACUUUCAAGAAAUUGACCAAAACGAUGGCAAAGAUGAGGUUCCCUGUCCUGCAUCUGACAUUGGACAACAGCAACCAGACAUAAAGUCAAAGAAAAGAACGUGCAACACUCUGCAGCAGGUCGACAGUGAUUUGCAAGAGCAAGCUAAGGCAACGUCAGAAAGUAGUGCGCAAAAGAAAACCGACAAGAGGAAAGGAAAAAACGUGAGGUCAGAAAAAGGCAAGCCGGCUAGAGUGCCGAAACCACUUGUUCUGGUUGGAGUUCAAAAUGGAGAAAGCAGUCCUAAGACUAGACCAAGGUCAGAAGAAGUUCAAGUUCAUAUUGAGAAUUACCCGAGCAGCGAGGACCAGGAAGUCCCUGUCACGAGGAGCACUAGGAGAAGCAGAAGACUUCAACUCUUCACUGAGGAAGUCCAGGAAGGUCACAAGAAAGCAAACUUGAAAGCCAAUGUAGCUGAAAAACACAGCAAUGUCGCAAAGCAAUCUGAGGAAGCUAAAGAUGGAGCGUUGGAUAACACGGCAUCCCCUAAGAAUGGAAGCAUGACGCAGGUGGCUGAAAAAAACGGGUGUAUUUAUGAUCAAGAUUUAGGAGGAAUAGAAAACACGCACUGUCGAGAGACAACAUCUUAUUUGAGACCAACAGAAGAUGACGAAGAGUCCAUUGCUGAAGUGCCAAAUACUGAAACGUUGUCUGAAGCUGGUGCUGCAUAUAUCACUGUGGUCCCAAGCUCUACGAGUCCAGCUGAAGCGCCUUUGGUACAUCCAACACUUGAAAGUCACGAUCCAACAAAUCAUCUCCCAAACAAUAGUCAGUUGGAAACCUUCGCAGAAAACGAGGAGGAUAAGAAUGACAGUGAACUGGACACAGAGCAACUGCUCAGGAGCUUCAAAGCCACUAAAAGGAAAUCUUUCAAUCUUGGCGGCCCGAGUGUGAAAAGGAUCCGUGGUUUAGACCAAGAAGACACGCAGGUUGCCGAAGCAGAGGAAAACCAGCGUCUUAGUUCUGGUGUUGAAUCUGCAAAAAAUGAGAUUUACACAAAGGUAUCUGAUAUAACCAACCAAGAGGCGUUAAGAGAUAAGGAAAACUCAUCUUGCAGUGAUUUCAUAUCCCCUUCCAUCUCACCCGCACGGGCAAGAAAACCAGUCGUUGAGAAACUAGAUCAAGUGGUGGUAGAAGCCUCGAUCCCUGAUAGCAGUUAUUCGGGUCAGGACAGCGCUGGUGGUAACUCUGUCUCCAGGAAUAAUGUCAACAGCUCCCUCACUCCUAAUAAAGUGUCAAAACGGGAAAUAGAAAGUCCUCAUCUUUCCGAUUCUGGGCUCCACUUCACAGCCGCUGAACACGAUGAGCCGAAUGAACCCUCAAAGUAUUCUCCGAUGAGAGACAGCAUUUCGCUGCGCAAUUCAGCUGAGAGUGGAACACAUUUGGUCAACGCCGCUGAACAUUUCUUAAACACGGAGUACUCUCUAACUCCCGAUGGCCUUGGUGGAAUACCAGUUGUGCUAAAUGUCCACGAAGCAAACAGCCGUGGUAGCGGAGAGCUGAGCACCCAUUCCUCUUUCCAGAGCAUGCCCAGGAAGAGGACAAGGGUCCAGAGGCUCGAGCCGUCCUCCGAGUCAGACUGCAACGAAGAGAGGUUACCAACUUUGACAGAAAUCUUCGGAACAUCAGCUCCUCCCUCUGCUGUGACGAAGGAUCAGGGAGACUCCGGUGAAGAUAGACGUGAAGGUGGUACAGCUGAUGGAGCACAACAGAUGAGCCGUACACCUGCGUGCCCCAGCCCUGACUCUGUUAAUUCCAGCCAAGCAUCUGUGGACUUGUUUGGCACGCCAGAUGAAUGUGAUGUCCCAGUAAAUGGUGUCAGCGCUUCCUCACAAUUUGACUCAUCACAAUUUUCAAGCGAAGUCCUUGUUACACAGCAAAAGAUAGACAUGCAGAAGGAGCUGGUAAGGUUGGAGAAGUUGAUGGCUCUGGUGACGGAGGUGCUUCAGGAGAAAGAGGACAGUCCCGUGAAAGAAGUCCCCUCAAAAGCAAAUCAGAGCAGCAACACUACAGGCCCAGAUGCUCACAGACCCCUCCCAUGUGAGCAGAGCACAGGUCAAGGUUCACACCGGGAAGCUGCUCCAGAAGGAGAUCCCAGCACAAGAGCAUCUGGUGGCAAAGGAGUCACCCAGCCCAGUGUGUCAGAGACGGCAACGAGCGCUCCGCACACACAGGGCCGAGCUGUAAAAGCCACCGGAUCCUCCAAAAUUCCUAGUUCGGCAGCCAAAACAUCAGAGAGCAACGGUUCAGCACCAGAUGGGCAAGAAGACAAAGAAAAUAGCACUCCUCCGAGAGACCGGAGUACAGCUAAGAUGGUGCUGGUGUUGUCUGGAUUGGCCCCCGAUGAACAGAUAACGGUGAAAAAGUUUGCCAAGCGAGUCGGUGCCCGCGUGGUGUCUCAGGUAACCCCGGAGGUGUCCCAUAUCAUAAUGCACACAGAUGAACAACUGGUAUGUGAGCGCACACUGAAGUACUUCCUUGGCAUCGCAAGCAGGAAGUGGGUGGUGAGCUUCCAGUGGAUUUCAGAGUGCUUCAAACAAAAGAAACUCUUAGAUGAGAGUGUGUUUGAAGUGAGAGGUGACGUGGUGAAUGGACCCAUCCAUCAGGGCCCCAUGAGAGCUCGUACCACUGAAGACAAUAAUUUGCUCAUGAAGGGCUUCAAGAUCUGCUUCCAAGGACCUUUUACAGACAUGACUACAGAUGAAAUGGAGUGGAUGGUGGAGCUCUGUGGAGCAGCUGUGGUCAAAGAUCCGCUUCUCGACAGUAAACAGAAGUUCCAUCAGCUGGUCAUUGUACAGCCGGCAUCAGAGUCGUCGUCGUCGUCAACAUACAGCAGUCUCUCUAGACAAGCGACAGUCGUCACACGUGGUUGGCUGUUGGAUACCGUGGCAACCUACACCCUCCAAAACUACAACAAGUACACAACAUGAGCUGAGGAACAAAGAGCGUUACGCCCACAGCCAUGACCCAUUUUACAACCUGUGUUUUGUUUUUUUAAAUGUCCAGUACUGUAUCUAAACUGUGAUCCACCUGUUUUAUUGACAACGCUGUAAGUUCUGUUCGCAUGACGUGAUGUAUAUAAAGUGUGAUCCACAGAA